GGGCUUCACGGUUCCAUGGCUUGGCUGGGGAACGCCGGUGCCAGCACGCAUGGUGCAGGAUUGGCCCCCAGAGAGACACCACGCUCGGUGGUGGUGCAGCGGCUGCGAGUCCAUCUCCUGCCAGCCUUGCUCUGCUUGCAGGAGCCGUGCCGUGCCGUGCCGUGCCAGGCUGCCUGCUCUGGCCAGCUGCGUGCUGCCCGCUCCAUCCCUGCUCCUGCAGUGCUGGUGCAGGUGGCUGCGGGGUCUGUGCGCAUCCCCGGAGCUGGCUCGCGCUGGCUGGAGCCGUCUGAGGCUGGGAUGUUCAUGACUGGGAAGGGACUGGUCAUCUACCCGGAGAUCGGGGACAAACUGGACAUUAUCUGCCCCAAGGCGGAGCCGUCCAAGCCUUACGAGUACUACAAGCUGUACCUGGUGAAGAAGGACCAGGCAGAUGCCUGCAGCACCGUCAUGGACCCCAACGUGCUGGUGACGUGCAACCGGCCCGAGCAGGAGAUCCGCUUCACCAUCAAGUUCCAGGAGUUCAGCCCCAACUACAUGGGCCUGGAGUUCAAGCGGCAGCAGGAUUACUUCAUCACAUCCACCUCUAACGGCACGCUGGAUGGCCUGGAGAACCGAGAGGGGGGGGUCUGCCAGACGCGCUCCAUGAAGAUCGUCAUGAAAGUGGGGCAGGAUCCGAACGCGGUCAUCCCCGAGCAGCUGACGACGAGUCGGCCCAGCAAGGAGUCCGACAACACGGUGAAAAUCGUCACGCAGAGCCCGCGCCACAAGGUCCCCGCGGUGGAGGAGCCCGGCAAGCCAGGCUCGGUCAACCAAAAUGGCCAGGAAACCCAAGGUCCCAGCGACGGGUUCUUGAGCUCCAAGGUCGCCGUUUUUGCGGCGAUCGGCGCCGGCUGCGUCAUCUUCAUCCUCAUCAUCAUCUUCCUCGUCGUCCUCCUGAUCAAGAUCCGCAAGCGGCACCGGAAGCACACGCAGCAGCGGGCCGCAGCCUUGUCACUCAGCACCUUGGCCAGCCCCAAAUGCAGCGGGAACGCGGGCUCGGAGCCCAGCGACAUCAUCAUCCCCUUACGGACUACAGAGAACAACUACUGCCCGCACUACGAGAAGGUGAGCGGGGACUACGGGCACCCCGUCUACAUCGUCCAGGAGAUGCCCCCGCAGAGCCCAGCCAACAUUUACUACAAGGUGUGAGGAGCAGCCUGGGCACGCCGCCAUGCAGGGGAGCGCCGAGCGGCCGCCGGGUCCGGCUCCGGGGGAGGCAGCGACCCCGGCCCCGCGGCACGGCGCGGGGAGCGCAGGGGGCUGGCGCCCGGCAGCGCGCCGCUCGCUCGCGCGCCGCCUCUCCCCCUUUGUAUUUAGUUUUGUAGUUCUCAGCUUUUGUAAUCCCAGGACUUCGAGGGUGAGCCGCCAGCGUCCUCCUCUCCUGCUCCAGACUGCGGCCGGCCGGGGCGCGGGCCAAGCGCCCGCCGUGGCGGGCACCCUGCCUUUCCGCGCCCGCUCGGACACCGCCGGCACCCCCGCAGACUCUGCCUCCCCUUUGACGUUUUUGGGAUUUCCCCUCGUCACCUCCACGUCCGUGUGUUAAGUGCCGUGCACCUGGUGCUGCAGCGGCCGCCGCUUCGGGCCCGGAGGGUCCCGGGAGCCCGGACGGACGCCGGGGCCGCGGAGAGGAGCUGGGGCCAACGAGGAGCGAGCGGCCUCGCGGGGAGGAGGAGGAUGCUUCGCCGAGGUGCCAAGAUGCAGAGAACUGCGGGGAGGAAGCUGGCAAACCCGAUUUACUACUACUACUAUUAUUAUUAUUAUAAUUAUUUUAAUUUUUUUGUAACAUUUUUAUUUUUGUGAAUCCCGGGCGGGACUCCGGCCCGCCGCCCGCCGCCUCCGGGCACACGCCGCCGCCUCCUUCCAGCACGCCGUCCCGCCGGCCGCGGGGCAGACCCGCCGUCGCCCGCCGCUGCCGUUUUAAACUUUUGUGUUCGUAGCUGUUGACUCUUGUUUUAGUCUCUUUAUAAAAAGAAAGAAAGAAAAAAAAUGAUAUAAAUGAUGUCUCAAGCAUUCAGCGCGUGAGAGUCCGAGCGCUCCUCCUGCCCUGCGAGGCUGCAGCCUCGGCGGCGAUCCCGGACCUCCCCAGGGCGCCCUCCCGCCCGGGGCUCCGCGGGGAGCAGGGGAAGCCUCUGCUGCUGCUUCCCGUCGGGCCGGGACUGCUGGAAGUGAAGCGUGGGGCAGCCUGGGGAGGAGGGAGGGCCGGGCUGGCUGCACGUCCCGUGUCACCCGUGUCACCGGUCCCGUCCUGCCGCUGGUGCUGGGGCGGUGCUGCAGUUGGCCGCCCCGGGGUGCAGCCCUGCGGAGCUUCUCCUUGGAAAGGAAACUGGAAAACGAUGGUGCUGGGCUCGGGGCCGGGGCGGUGGUGCCAGGAGGAAGCCAGCGUUUGGGAGCCGGUGCUCUUGGGUCUCCUUCACCAUCCACCCAGGCAGGUCUGCUCAACCCUCCUCCUCCUCCUCCUUCUACUUUUCCUUCUCUUUUUUCUCCUUCUCCUCCUCCUCCUCCUUCUCCUCCUCUUUUUUCUCCUCUCCUCCUCCUCCUCGUUGCCCCAUCCCCAUCAGCCCCCCACCUCUCAGCUGUACAGGAGGGUGUUGUGGUGCCGCAGCGCUCGGUGCUCCGCGGGGACCUGGAAGCCCCCGGGAGGCGUCCCGCAGGCCAGCGGCAGCGCGAGGCUGGGAGCUGAGCUGGAGGCUCUCCUCCGCCCUCCGUCUGUGCCAGGACCCCCUGGUGCCCCCCGGCGCCCUGCCUGUGGGCUCGACCUGAGCCCGGCACCCCCCUGGGUGAUGCUCCGGGUGCAGGGGCUCUCCCAGCCCCUGCAGCUCCUGCAGGGGGUCACCAGCCCGGCCGUGCUCUGCUAUGGUUUGCCUCAAACUGGGAGGGUUUGAGCCUUGGGCUCUUCUGGCAGGCUCGCUCCCGGCUUCCUCUGCCCGGGAGGACCUGCCGCCGCCGUAGCUGGUGCGCGGCGAGGUUGGAGGUGACAGCCCUGCCACCCUGCCUGUCCCAGCCCGGCGCUGGCGGCUGCGUGCUCCUUCCUCGCUUUCUUUUCCUUUCAGAAGUAGCUGCUUUUGCUCAGGGAGCAAGCGCGGGGCAGGAGGGGGCUGCUGCCGCCCGCCGCGGUGCGCCCCCCUGCCCGGCUUCUCCUCGCCUUGCCCCGGGCACGCGUCCAGCGCCAGCGGCCCCGGGUGCUGGGAAGUGCCCAAAGAGCGAGAGAGCUGCUCUGCAAAAGUGCCUUGAUGAGGAGAGGGCCGGGGGUGGCAGGAGGACGGGGCUGGGGCUCGGAGGGCCCCGGCGGGGACAGCCCCGCGGGGUCUGCCCUCGCUCGGGGCAGCUCGGGCAGGAGCGUGCUCGGCUCUGUGCCGCCUGUGGGCCUGAGCAGAGCGUUUGUUCAUGUUGCUUUAGUUUUAUUUUUAUUUUUGGAAAGGUGGGAGUUCGGGAUGGAGCAGCAAGGGCUGCCCCAGCUCCCCAUCCCCGCGGGGCACGGCUGCAGCCCCGGGGCAGUAACACAGUCCCUGCCUGUGGCAGAGGGGAGCUGGGAGCGGGGGCUGCCCUGCCCAGCCCUUCUCCCCUCUCCCCCCCCCCCAGCACCUUUCGGACCCCCUCCUCCCCUCCUCCAGCCCCUUGCCUUCCCUUCGGGGCGUCUAUGCAGAUGCUGCGCUGUGCCGGCGCUGCCAAAGGGGACGGGGUCUGCUCUCCAUCACUCUCCAUCACAGAAAAUUGUGUCUUAAAAAAAAAAAGAAACAACAAGAAUCCCCCCCAAAUUCCGACCUGGAGGUCCCCAGGGGAGCAGAGCCCAGCGGGCAGGAGCCGGGGUGGGUUCGGUGCAGGAGUUUCACCUGGCGAGGCUGGGGCAGCGGGGGGGCGGCAGGUUUUGGGUUGAUUUGCCGAGGGUCUGGCCACGCAGCGUGCCAAAAGCCAAGCGGCGAGUCCUUGUGGCUGGCCCUGCUGGCGCUCCGGGGUGGCCGCUGGCCCCGGGCAGCCCAGCUCCUUCUGCGGCGGGCAGCUGAAAAAAAAACCUUGUAAAUAUGUGCAGAAAGGGUGAAAUCUGAACUCUUGAUUUUUGCUGAGCACCUCGGUCUGCUGGGUCCUGAAACUGAGUGUCCCUUCUGUUCCUUUCAUUGGAAGCGUUGAAGUUUUUUUUUGUUGUUUUGUUUCGUUCUGUUUGUGUAAAUACUAGUCUUUUUUGGGAGAAAUAAUGUAAAGAUGUUUUGUAUAAACUCCGAAUUAUUUUCUGGUUGCUUUUUCUUAGAAAAACAAAUGAGAACUAAAAAAAGAAAAAAAAAAUUAACCACGAGAACGGGUGUAAAACAUUGUCAUACUGCGAUCAAACCCAGGAGCCGCGCCGCGGGCUCUGUGCUGGUGUGCGGGGGUCCCGGGGGCCGGUCCUGGGCUCGCCGCAGGAGCCCCCAGCCCCAAAACGCCCCUCGGGAGGGGAGGGCUGCAGGGUGCUGCUGUCCAGGGGCGCUCCCGGCCGCGCUGGGGCAGGACGGGGGCCGUACCCGCGGUAUAACGCAGGGUGUGCGGGCCCCAAGCAGAGAUGUCCGGCUCCCCCCGCUGCGCUGUGGGGCGGGCGCCCCUCUGCCCCUGGGCGCAGCUCCGGACCCCGCGGUGCUCGGGGGGAGCUGGACCCGGAGCGUGGAAAGCUCCUGGCGGGGUCCAGGUGGGGCUGCCAGGCACGGACCUGUUAACGCGAAGUAAACGCAAGCAGCAGCAAAUUGAUCUUUUAUUCAUUUAACAGAAAAAAAAAAAGAACACAAAGCAAAACCAAAACCUCAAGUCGUGUAACUCCAAGCAGCAGCUUGAGAUCUGCUUUUCCAGGCCUGUGGAGCUGCUGUGUGGCACAGCGCUGCUCCCCCUGCCCGGGUUUCCAGCUGCAGCCAGCAGCAGCCCGCUCUCUGCUUGGGGCCCCCCCGGCAGGCGGUGGCUCGAGGCGGCCGUCCCCGCUGCAGCCACCUCGGUGCCACUGUCACACCCCGCGCCUGGGCGCGCUCCGCGGUCCCCGAUGCCCCCAGCAGCCCGUGCAUUAAAUCCACAUUAUAUCAGCAGGGUACCGGGGGGCUGCGGCGGCCCCUGCAGCUCGGGGAGCCCCCAGCAGGGCCGUGCCCCCGCCGCCCCGCACACCAGCACCCCCGCGCCCGCUCCCACAUUUCAGCGCUGCCGCCACGCGCGCAUCCCUCGCCCGGCGCCACGCAAGAGGGGGCUCGGCUGGCGCAGCCCCGGGGGGCGCGGGGGCUUGGGGCUGCCGUGGCGUGGAGGUGCCCGGGACCCCCUGCCCCGGGGGCCGGUCCCCGGGGGGGGCCGCGUGGCGUGGGGCGAUGCCGGCAGCCCGGGGUCGGGGCUCAGCAUCCUGCGCCGCUCAGCGUCCGGCCCCGCCAGCCGCGCCGCCCCCAGCGCUGGGGGCUUUUGUUUCUUCUCGUCAUUGUUCCUCCUCCUUUCGGUUCCUUUCGCCUUCGCCCCAGCUCUCCCGCCCAGUAGCAUAUCAUCGCCAUCGGUAACCAGCUCUGUGGCAUCUGAACCCCAUGGAGCCGUGAUGGAACCUGAUAUAUUGUUAAAUAAAAGGUUUUUUUCCUAUGGAAA